UGUUGGGAAAAAAAAGCAGUCAGUCUGCAGCGUGUUGGUCACCCCCUGUCUCUAGCAGAAGGGUUACAGCUGCUGAAUUGAGAGUCCCCUCCUGCUCCAUGCUGCUCUCAUUGCUGCUGCUGCUGUUGGACUGGCAUGGAGAUUAACUACUUGCUGAUAUCAAGGAUUCAUUUCAAAACAAUUGGUAUCCUCCCUUACCAGAGUAUGAUUCUCAACCGCUAACCAUUAAAAUAACCACAAUGUUCAUUGUGCGUGUUCGAGGUUUGCCAUGGUCUUGCACUGCAGAUGACGUGCUGAACUUUUUUGAUGAUUCCAAUGUAAGAAAUGGCACAGAUGGAGUGCACUUCAUUUUCAAUAGGGAUGGCAAGCCGAGAGGAGACGCUGUCAUCGAAUUUGAGUCUGCUGAAGAUGUGCAGAAAGCAGUGGAGCAGCAUAAGAAGUACAUGGGCCAACGAUAUGUGGAAGUAUUCGAGAUGAACCAGAAGGAGGCAGAGUCUCUGCUGAAUCGAAUGCAUUCUGCAUUGUCACCCACCAGGCCGUCCUCUAUGUCACUGUCUCCACAGUCUUCAAUGGCUUCUCCUCCUAGUGAUGGCAUUGUGCGAUUACGCGGGCUCCCAUACAGUUGCAGCGAGCAGGACAUAAUACAUUUUUUUUCAGGUUUGGACAUAGCAGAUGAGGGAAUAACAUUUGUCUUGGACCAGCGAGGGAGAAAAUCUGGGGAAGCAUUUGUACAGUUUCUAUCACAAGAACAUGCAGACCAGGCACUCCUCAAACACAAGCAGGAAAUAGGCAGCAGGUACAUUGAGAUAUUUCCAAGCAGGAGGAAUGAUGUUCAGACUGCCCGUUUCCCCUUUAGAAGGAGGAAAGGAGUAACAUUUGCACCUACAAUAAAAGACCUUUAUGAUCCAGACAACUGCAUAAAUAAUACUAGUAAAGACUUGCUAUCUGAUGUCCCUGAGAAUGGUCACAUAAAUGAUUAUGUAAAGGAGAUGUCCGCUAAAUCUGUGGAUGUUCAUGACUUCACAGUUAUGUCUCCCGUGCACGACAUCCAUAUUCGAGGCCUCCCGUUCCAUGCUUCAGGGCAGGAUAUUGCAAAUUUCUUCCAUCCGAUAAUGCCUUUGAAGAUCAGCAUUGAGUACAGUGCUGAUGCUGGUGGUGCUACUGGAGAAGCAGUUGUGAGGUUCCUCACUCAUGAUGACGCUGUAGCAGCCAUGGCUAAAAACAGAUGCCAUUCCCAACAUGGUUAUUUAGAACUUUACCUGAAUUCAUCUACAGACAGUAAAUAAGAGCAGUGUUUGAUAUUAUGUUGCACGGAUCUUUCUUAGAAAGGACAAAGCAACAAUCCUUUGCCUCCAAUGGACAUUAGCCAGUGUGCACCCUCCUUACACAGCCAUUCAACAGAUGUUUGUUUCUAACAAACUGGUAUCUUUCUAAACAGUUUUUGUUGCUGUUGUUUUUUUUUUUUUUGUGCCGACUGAUUCUAAGAAUGCCAAUCCAGCAGGGAUCAGACAUUUCUUCUUGGCUAAUGUAGAUUUGGUAGAACUGGUGCAAAAUGUUCCUUUUCUCUGUCGGCAAUUCAGUCCUUUCUUAUUUUGUGAACCAGCAAUUUAUCACUUUUUUUUGUAUCAAAGUGCCUAAGUUAAUAAUAUUAAGAAUGUGGUUUGUGAUGUAGGGCCUCUGAGCGGGUUUAUUCGUGUAUGUCAUGUAAAUAUAAAUUUGUGUUGAAGAAGCAGAAAGCAGAAUGGAUAGAUAGGACCAGAGAUAUGUUCACUGAACGGUAAAAUCAUAAGACACUAGCUGGUGAGUUGUACAGUGAACUCUCAUGGUUUAUUGUUAGUCUUCCAGAAAGAAAGUGUUUUAUUUCCUCUUCAUAUAAAUGAUAAACUUGUGGUGGGGUUGUUCCUAACAUAUUUUGAUUUGCAUUGACUUUAUUAAAGAUGAUCCAUGAGAUGAUCAUUUUUUGUUUCUUUUUCUGGAAUAAGUCAUAGCAACAAACAGAAAUUUCCUGUAUAUCCGUGUUUCUUAACCUUUUUCUUAGGGGACUAAAAUUAAAUUGGAAAAAAACAGCUUUGCAUCCCAAAAACCUGUAGAUCGGUAUGCAACUUAUUAUAAUUACCAUUUUCUUUUAUAUGUAAAUGGGAGCCAUAUUAAGGAAAAUGUCAGAGAUUUACUUCAAACAGCUUCCCCAUUAGAAAUAGAAACACUUUUUUUUCUAUGGUUUUAAUACUCCCUCUAAUGAGACUAUGGGGUGCCUCAAUGUUUUUACAGUUAGAUCAAUAAGUAAAGAAGUCUGCGUGGACAACAUGUCAUAAAACUAUUUUUAUUUCAGAAGCAUCUUUAAAAAGAUCAAUGAAUAUAAUUGGUUUAAAAAAACAAUUGAGGUAGUAACUGUUGUUAGAUUGGCCUCUUGUUGAGAAAGUGUGAUGCACAGUUUGUCCCAGCAUUGCACAGGUUAAGGAGUAUCUUCACAAGCUUUCGCUCCAUUCUCCUUGCUGUCUAAGACAACGUCUUUCUCUCCAGGAACUUCAAGUUAACUGUUUUGUUUGGUGUUAAUAAAAUACGGGCAAUUGUUUUGAUA